CUGACAAAUACCAAAGCCGGCGAUGGUGAAAAGAGGUCGGAGCGGCCGCGUUGCAAAUCGGAGAUUCCAAAAACUAGUUCUUGAAUCAUCUGAGAAGGGAUCAGCACCAGAGGAAAUCGUCGACGAGCUCCGUUCAAAGGACCGUGAAUGGGCUCGAUUGAGUCGUCAUGUUCUCCUGCUUAACGUCAACCAAAUCCUCCAAUCCAGGAACGUAGGCGGUAAAUACGAAGAAGAAAGCAAUGGAAGAUCAAAAUCACUGAAGAGAGCCGCCACAGCUUCACCAUCAGGUUCCUCGUGGUCUGAUGCCGUGGAUGGAAAUGUAUUAGAUGAUAGUGGUAAGUCAACUCCACAGUUUGAUUUGACAAAUGAUAAUCUCAGGGCUUCGUAUGAUACACGGAAACAAAUUAGGGUUUCUGAUGAAGUUGAAUUAUUAGAGACAGAGAAUAACGAAGGUAAGAAGUUUAAGGAUCUUGGUGGGUUAAAGGAUAUAUUGCAUGACCUAACAAUGCGUAUAAAGAUUCCUCUGCUUUUCCCUCAAAUCUAUGAACGUCUUCAAGAGAAGCCAAUCUCUGGGAUCUUACUUCAUGGUCCACCUGGUUGUGGCAAGUCUACAUUGGCUCGUGCCAUUGGUAUUGAAACUGGUCUUCCUUUUAACAUGAAAUCUGCUUCUGAGUUUGUUUCUGGUGUUGCGGGUGAAUCUGAAGAGAAUGUUAGAAAGCUCUUCUCUGAAGCGUAUAGAAAGGCUCCUUCUGUUAUCUUUAUCGAUGAGAUUGACGCGAUUGCAGCAAAGAGGGAGAAUCAUCAGAAAGGUAUGGAGACUCGUCUUCUGACACAGUUGAUGAGUUGCAUGGAUCGAGAGUACAUGCUUCAAAAGGAGAAAGAGGCGGGUUUCGAAACUAGCGGUCAUGUUAUUGUUAUUGCAGCUACAAAUAAAGUUGACGCUCUUGAUCCAGCUAUGAGAAGGGCACUACGGUUCGACAAGGAGAUCUAUCUCGGUGUGCCAGAUGAAAAGGCAAGAGAAGAGAUUCUUUCUUUGAUAACACGGAACCGUCCUCUUGAACCAGGUUUUGAUAUGGCAAUGGUACCUCGUAAGACGUCAGGAUUCGUCGGGGCAGAUCUAACACUUUUGGUUAAGGAUGCUGCAAAAGUGGCAGCGGAGAGAUGUGUGUAUUCAAGAGCGUCAGAACUUUCAACUGAUAUUGAUCAUUUGUUGAGUAUGCAGCCAUGUGCGUUUCCAGCUGAAGAGAUGGAGAAACUCUUCUACACUACCUCGGAUUUUGAGGAAGCACUGAAAGAUGCUAAACCUUCGUCAACAAGAGAAGGGUUCUCUAUUAUACCUAGUGUAACAUGGGAAGAUGUAGGCGGUCUUGAUCAUAUAAGAAAAGAGUUUUAUCGUCAUAUAAUCAAACCGUUGAAACAUCCAGAAGAGUGCGAGGGGUUUGAGUUCUGUUCAGAGACUGGUUUUAUGCUAUAUGGACCACCUGGUUGUGGUAAAACAUUAGUAGCCGAAGCCGUGGCUAACGAAGCAGGAGUUAAUUAUAUUCACAUCAAGGGUCCGCAGCUUCUGAGCAAAUACGUUGGAGAGACUGAGAAAGCGAUUAGGGAGCUGUUUAGCAGCGCAAGGUCGUGUUCGCCGUGCCUUAUCUUUCUCGACGAGUUUGAUGCAUUGACAACAAAACGUGGAUCAGGAGAAGGUGCUUGGGUUGUUGAACGGCCACUGAAUCAGUUGCUCGCUGAACUGAGCGGUGGACAAGGACGAGAUGGUGUGAUUGUGAUUGUGAUUGGUGCAACGAAUAGACCGCAAGAGAUUGAUCCUGCGGUUACAAGACCAGGGAGGUUUGGGAAACAUAUCUAUUUACCUCUUCCAAACGCUGUUCAACGAGGUUUGAUUCUAAAAUCUCUUUCGAGGAAGGUUCCUUUAGACUCAAGUGUUGAUCUGGAUGAGAUAGCGAGAAUGGAGGGUUGUGAGAAUCUUAGUGGGGCUGAUCUUGUCGGUUUGGUUAAAGAAGCUGGUUUGCUGGCUCGAGACGAUGAGACUUGCUCGAAACCUCGUAGGAUCAAGAAGAUUCAUUUUGAGGACGUUUUGACUCGUAUUAAACCUUCUGUUUCGAUGCAGCAAUUAAGAGAGUAUGAUCAAAUACACUCAUCUAUGCAAAGCCGCAGGUGAAGAGAUGAGUCGAGGUCGGGCCAGAGCAUUUUUACUUUCAACGUUAUUUUCCAAAAAAUUUAUGUUCCUUUUUUGU